AUGCCGCCUCCAUCGGUUUCGGUCGAGUCCAAGAAGCAGAAAGAACGGAAGAGGAGCGGCUCGCCUCGCAACGCGCGCGAUCGCAACGAUACUACCAACGACAACACGGACAAUCUGUUGAUGCCCACCGCGUCACCGUUGGAUCGCAGAAUGCGGAGUUUGUGUAUCAUUACCAACCCCAUCCACCUGCUCUACCAUCGACUACGAACCCCGCAAGAUGUAGUAGCCGAGUCCACUUGUGCGGGUGAGGCGGACACGGACCCAACAGCGGCACCAACGUUGUGGAAUCCACCUGUCUGGAACCAUCACGAGAAUUCACGGGCCGCACGGUCGAGUUUAGAUGAUGCACCCGAAGAUAACUACAAUCCGUUGUUCGAGGACUCCCAAAUGCAACUCGAGCUUAUAUCACAAGGACAAGACAAUACAGGAGAUGGCUACGACGCGGUCAUUGACAGGGGCGAAGCCAAUUCUCCGCAGCUCGAAGCUCGAGACGAAGAGCUGCAGGAUUUAGUUGAUAAGGUUCAGCAGUUGCUCAUCACGACGUCGCCAGACAGCGAGGCAAUAAGGAGGGAUAGUGACGAUGGUCUGGCAGAAAAUACGAUCGAAUCACCAGUAGCUUCCGGCUCAGCGUUUUUGCAGGUCGAUGGGAGAUCCUCGACUCCACAACCUCAAGGCUCUGCUCGGUUAUCACAUAGAUCUGAUGAAGCCCAGGGACGAAGCCAUGCGACAUCAUCUGCAACGCCGUCAUCGCAGUUACGAAAUACAAGCACGUUGGAUAAUUGGGUACGGCGGCCUUGUACUCGCUCCUCAGACAACUCUUCAAAUGGAGUAACUUCACAAGCUUAUGACUGCAACGGAUUUCUUCUACCAUCAGCCACGGGCGUGCAAAGGUUCACGCAGGAACACUCAGGCUUUGUCGAUCGUUCUAGUGCCACAUCGCCAUCCUCCAAUUCAUUACCAAGAGGGUUUGGAGUAGAAUGGAUUCAUCAUGGGCUCUACUCGUGGAACCUCCGUCGUCGGCUGGAACGGGAAGACUACCUUACCACUGAUGACGUUCUCUGCGGUAUGCGGCUGGCCAUUGAGCUGAGCGGCCGCCGGGACGUCACGACGCUCGCACGCGCCAUCCAUCUUGGUGAGCCUCAGAACAACUCUAUCCAGCUGAGCCAGGCCGAGAUCGAAGACAUAAGACGGCAUGAUGCCACAAUACUGUCGAUCUUUCGUCCAGGUAUCGAGGAGGGGGUCGGUCACUGGUCACUCGCCAUCUACCAGCCAGCACGGCCGCAUUUCUUCUUCUGCGAUUCACUUGGAAGUCGUGAUAACUGCUACUAUUCUGCGCUCCGAGACAUCCACGACUCGGUACUUCCGGACUCUGCGCCCGCAUCCAUUUGCGAUGUGCCAAUCACUCGACAAGUAAAUGGCUGGACAUGCGGUGUCAUAGUCGUGGAAUGUGCCCGACGAUUUCUGACCGCACGAGAGCAUUAUUAUAGUGAGGAUUUGAUGAUAGAAGAUCAGCCCGGGCUACUCGACUGGACACAGCAGGAGCCGUAUUUGUCCGAGAUGCAAGACCCAGACUUGCGAGAGGUUGGUGCUAUAUCGUACUGGAUCGAGGUGAUAUCGCAAUAUUUGGGCGCAACAACAAAUCACAGUGCCACCUCCAUCGGCAGCAGGAGGAGUAGUAGUAACGAUGCAGUUACCAUCUCAGAGCCGGCUGACCCUGCGCUGCUCCUGUUCCAAGAGUGGAGCAGACCGGUAGGAUGUACGUCCCGGCAACAUGAAGAGGACCACUCCUCCCAGUUGGCGGAUGCAACUACAAAGCGAGGCGCCUCUCCAAACUGCUCUUCUCUAUUAGAUAUUGCAAAGAGGUUAGAGGGUGUAACUAGGGAGGAUGGCACAAACGGGCCACUACCUUGCGUCCUUGACCCAGCGAAGGAUCUCUUAAGGUCCGGCACGCGGGAGUCCUCAUCACCGGACGCUGGCCUAACACGCUAUGGCGGACCCUGCAAAGCCGCCAUGGAAGGCUUGGUAGAGGGUGAACAAGAUCCGCCCUAUCUCUGCAUGCAUUCUAACCAUAGCGCUCGACGUCUGGAAGAUGACAGGAUAUCGUCGUCCUACGACAUCGAUAGUCUUUGCAGCUUCCCCACGUCCCUUGGCGUGGCCCGGCUGGGGAUUCAGUGGUACACUCAGUCGCAUGUCACGCUCAACCUAGUCGAUAAUGUCCAUCUGAGCAUGGAAAUCCCAGGUACGCGUGAGCAAGAUGGCACAGUGACAACCCAGCCUCUCCAUACCAUCCCCAACUACUGCCUUGGACGUGUCAUUGGCCUUGCGGAUACGUUCAUCUGGGCCUUCUUCCCUGCCCUUUUCUCCGGCAAGCUCUCCGAUCCUUACAGCCAGACCUGUAUUCCCAAAAAGAACUUCGUGCACUGGUACGAGGAGGUGAUGCUGCCCGCCAUACAAGCUGUUGUCGAUGACAAUAACAUACUCCAGUAUAUCCCAAAGACACAUGCCAUCGCGUCUUCGGACUGCAGUGCGCCUCGGGAAGCGUUAGCAGCUCUGGCGGUGGCGGAGGAAGAGGAGGCCGAUAUGGAAGAAGAACUGGAUGGGUUUACCGGAGCGAAAAGACGAGACGGUCCGGCCGCACAGCCGGGGUCACGACGCAAGCACUUCUACGUCACGCUUCAGUCCCGCUACCUCGCAGCUUUAUGGGAGGAGAUACAUUCCAGGGCUGCUCUCUGGCCUGAAUAUGCAGGGUUGCGACUCUACAUGGCUGCUAAAAACACCAAACUGACAUGGAUGCGGCCCACGUUCGAGUCGGCACUCGCGGAGUGGCAGCACCACUGGAAUUCUGCGGUUGACGAGGCGUACAUUGAUCCGGAUGUCACUUACAUUGACAUCGGCCGCCAGAUGACGCCGGCCGAUACAGGACCACAUGGACGCGUGCUUAUCUGGCGCCGUUGCUGCAUGGAUAGGCUCUGGCGUCGCCGGCUACAGUGGAGCCGGAUCCAAAAUCGGCUGUAUCAUCGUGAGGAAGACGCUUGCAAGGACGAAUCGGGCAAACGUCAGGCUCCGCCAAUCCGCAGGACGACCUAUCCGUUUGUCACUCUUCGCGAUGCGAGAGACAUGACCAUCACUCCUAGUUCAUCAAGCUGGGAGCUUCGAAACGGUCUCGUGUAUAGCCAGUUCUACAACCUCAUCAAAGUUCCCUUCGAUGCAGCUAAGCAGUACCCGUUCCAGAACCGCCACACCGAGAGCAUGGCGCUAGACCCAUCGUAUCUCAGAGAUCAACGUAACUCCACACGAGGGGCACGUGCCCACCAGUCCCGAGUACAAUGUGCCUACCGUCUGAGCAAGCUCCGUAUUCAUCGCAACGUUCCUGCUGUCGACCAGGAUGACGAUGAUGAGAUACAUCAUGAAGAAUCAACACAUCACCCAUUCACAUAUGGUAUACGUGCAGAAGACAGGGUAUCAUUGGCCCUUCUACGGCGUAUCACUGGUCUGUUCUCAUCUAGCCCCCCGCAGGAUGGGUCAGGCGAUGAUGAAGAAGAUGAAGAGAGGGACCAUCCAUUCUUCUCCGUUUCUUCUCAAACGAUGGCCCGUUUCCUCCGUGCUAGCGUCAAUCGAUAUUGUUUCCUAUUUGAAUAUGUAAAAUCGCAGACCGGCUUGAAAUAUUCACUUCCCGAGACUGUUGUUAUGGCAGCAGCGCUUCGUGGACUUCGGUUCAGCUACGAUUGUUCCCUCAUCGCGAAAGAAUCGGUACUCUGGGGAGAUAGAUGGACGUCGACGCAGCGCGUGAGAGUUGAGGGUGGGGAAGCGCGGAUCGUCAAGGUAGAGCGAGAAGGGCUAGGUCUGAACAAGACGUCUACGUCGCACGGUUUUGGCUGGUGGCUACCAGGGAAGUUUGACUGGAGUACCUGGCGGUUCGCCUCCGACGUUGGCGAUCGACUCGCCGUAGGCAACGACCUCCUACGCCAGGAUUACAAGCGUCAAUGGAGAGUCCUCAAGGAUAUUCGAGACGUUCACGUUCGCAUUAUGCGACGCGUAGUCUUUGUCCUUGGAUGUCAGCAAUGA